GAAACAAGCGGGGCUUACCAGGAUAGGGCGCUUAGUGCAGUCACAAGAGCCGACCGUCCAUGAACAAAAACAUCCAGGCAUUAAUUUCUCAGCUCAGCUACGUUUAAGCAAGUAUAUUUGGAUACUUGAGGUUCCCCAUCAUUUGAUUGGGGGGACAUGGCGCGAUGGAUAUCUCCAAGAACAUUUACGCGUCCAGCCCUCUACAAGCUACGAGUCUUUUAAUAAACCGCAGAGAGGAGUUUUGAGACACUUUUUAUCUGAACUUCUGUGAUGAAUUUGAAACGAAAUGAGGGGCAAAUGUCAAAGGAACUGACCACGAGUUGAGGGGGGAAAAAACCUAUGGGAAAGAUGUCUACAUUUGCCACCCACCCGAAAUCGAUUGUAUUACAUUUAAGAAGCUUCGCACUUGACGUAUAAAAACAAGACGCAUGUUUUCAAGAAAGACACGAGACAACAGGAACUGUUGGAAGAUAUAUUUUUCUCUGACAACUUUGCGUGCACAUCAUUAGAGGUAGAAGCACCUACCAAUAUAUAAUCUAGCUGGAAAGCCAUGCGGGCUGAGAAGAGAUGGCACUUAUUGUUGAGUAUGAGUCUUCUGCUCAUCACCUCCAGCCAGUGCAUGGACAGCAUGGAGGUAAAGGAGUCGGAAAGGAAAACUCUGCUUAAUCUAAUCCCGCAAGUGAUCGGGGACAAGCCCGCGUCCAGGCGCGUCACCAGUGGCCUCUUCUCUGUAUCUCAAAAUGUGAAGUUUUCCUCUCGUGAAAAGACUGCAGAAUUGUCCAAGUCGGACAACAGCAGACCAAUAGAGAUUGUCCCAAGAGACAUAAACAUGAAAGACAAAUUUAUAGAACAUUUUACAGCAGGACCAGUCAAGUUUCCAUCUGAAUGUAGGACACAUUUCCAUAGAAUUUAUCACAAUACAAAGGAUUGUUCCAGACCAACAUAUUAUAAAAGAUGUGCACGAUUGCUAACCAGACUAGUUAUGAGUCCGCUUUGCACACAGUCAUAGAAACCGCAUGUCCUAAAGAUAUAAAAGAAAAACACCAGAGAUGCUGGAGUAAAUUAUUAUUUCCAAGGAAGUGCCUUCAGAUCACCGCAAUUAACUGAUAUGGUUUCAUUUAUGUCAUUUCCAUAUCCAAAAUAUGCUUCUUCUUUAAUAAUAAUAAAAAAGGUUGCUUUUUAUCAUAAUUUAUGUUUGUUUUAAAAUGUUCUUAAAAUGCUUUUUAUAUUAUGAGUUUUAAAGAAAGUAUUAUCUGCAGCCGAUUAUUUAUUUAAAUGAUAUGUAAAUAUUCUGUCCUUAUUACAUUUGAAUAUAUCUCAUUAAGCCACAAUAACUCCUAAAUAUAUAUUUGUUCCAAAUAUUUUAUUUCAAAUCAAAAUAUUUUAUUUAAUUCCUUACACUUUAAAAAAAAAAAAAAAGAUUGUGUAUAUGAAAGUUUCUUACCAUGCUGUCGUUUUCAUGAUAUCAACCAUUGGCACUUAUAAAAAUUCGAAUGAAGAAUUAUUUCGAAUUGCUAAACCACAUUGUUUGAUCACAAUGGUAA